CGACCGAGGGAAGAAAUACUUUGAGGCAAUGGUUCCAAAGUUUGGUGUCACUCCGAGCAUAGAACACUUCCACUGCAUGGUGGACAUGCUGGGACGAGCAAACUCGCUGGAGGAGGCGGUGUCCAUGGUAAGCUCGAUGCCAUUUCGAGCGAGCUCGGUGUCAUGGAUGACAGUGCUAGAUGGUUGCAGGAAGUGGAAGAAUGUGGAGGUGGGAAAGCUCGCGUUUGAAUCGCUGCUGGAGCUGGACAAGCGAGAUUGCGGCAAAAAGCAGCAGAGAGAAAAGAGAAUGAUCGAGUGGAUCGGUACCGAAGAACAGCAGAGGAUGAAACACUCGCAGGUAGAUGUCUUUCUCUUCACGAGCAAUCUACGUUGCAUUGAGCAGCCGCGAGAGCGAAGAGCACCGCGUUCAGCUGGGAAUUAUUAAACCAAGGUGGAAGAAUUCACUCGUGAGAAAGCUCCGGGAUACAGAUCCAGGUUUUAGCGUUUGGAUCGACAAAAGAGUGAACAUAAACAACAACUUGACGAAGAAAACACACAGGAACAGGGACACGGACAGGAACAGGAAACUGGAACAUGGAGAAUUCAACACGGGAUGAAAUGGAAAGGCAGGAAAAAAAAAAGGAUUUCUCUUCCUCCAGAUGCAGACAAUGCUUCGCCGUGUCUCGAUCAAUGACCGCUCAAGGCUCUCGAUGCAAUCAAAGUAUACACUACGACACGCUCAGCGCUCCUCUCCGCUCGUAGCAAUCCGACAAAGGCGGCGCUUUUGUUUCACUCGAACACGCAAACGCCUCUUCCGGGACAGUUUUACA